AUGCUCAGCGAAAUUAUCGGCAUUCUCUGUUCUCGUACGGCGAUGGGUCCUUCACACGGUGUCUCGCCUAAUGUCUCUGAUAAGGCUCCCCUCAUGAUGAACGGCAUGCGUGGUCCCAGACUCAAGCCAAUCCAUGAGGUUCCUCGAUCCAACGCUCAGCCCAUCAUGACAGGCCCAAUCCACAUUCAGCCUCAAGGUGCGCUGUCAUCUCGCGCCACUCGUCGCAACAUGUUGGAGACUGAGUUGACCGAGUCUCUUCGACGCCAUCUCAUUUGGGAGCGACAACAGAAGUCGUCGACAGCAAAUGCUGUCCUCAAGCGAUGA